AACAUGACCGAAGCCGAAGACUUUGCUCAACUGCUUCAAAAGCUUCAGAAUGCGAGUCCAGCUCUUCCAGAAGGCACAUCAUCUACUCCAACACCAUCCUCGUCAACUGGUCUAUUGCCAAAUGGAAAGAAGACAAAGGGACGCGUCAAGAUUAAGAUGGAGUAUAUCAAUAAUAAACUCAGACGUUACACUACUUUCAGCAAAAGAAAAACGGGUAUUAUGAAGAAGGCAUUCGAACUAUCUACACUAACGGGAACCCAAGUAAUGCUUCUAGUCGCAUCAGAAACUGGUCAUGUCUACACAUAUGCAACUCCAAAACUUCAACCAAUGAUUUCAUCAGAUACUGGAAAAGCCAUGAUCCAAUCGUGCCUUAAUGCUCCUGGUGGAGAUGGAUCAGAUGUUCAGCCAAGUCGUACCGAGUUCACAUUUGAUUCUGGAAAUGGUGGAAACGGAAUGCGAAAACGGAAAAUGUUGAGCGAUGUUAUGUCAGCCGAGUCGAGCAACAACAGCCCAUCGAUGCCAAACUUCACUCCAUUUCUCGCCCCAUCAAUGGCUCCACUGUUCUCCACAUUUGGAGAGGAUGAUUAUAAUAAUGAUGAAAGUGGCGAUGAUUCGGAUUCAGAAGAAGCUUCAAGUGAUAUCAAGGAAGAAUAUCAAGGAUCGCCUACAAUGGUUAAGCAAGAAACAACAGAAAUUGAUAGUGUAACGGCUUCAUUACAACAAAGAAUAAAAGAAGCAAUGAGGCAGGCUGCAUCAAAUAAGCAGGCAAUCAAAAAGGCAAAAAUUACACCUCCCUCCUCAAAUAUGAACAAUGCGGCAUUUUUGAAUCCGUUUCUUCUUCAAGGCGGUGCAAAUGCUUCAAACCUUCUAGCAACAGCUGCAAGAAAAGGUGACGAUGCAGGAAGCUUAACAUCAAAUCCAUUUCUUUCAAUGGGUCUGAACUUGCAACAGCUCAUCGAAUCAGCAGCCAUUGCAUCAAAUGAAUAAAGUUUUGAUUUUAGUAUUUUAACGUCAUGACAUUCUUCAUGUUCUCUAUUUCUUCAUUUUUGCAUAUUUUCUUUAAAUUUUUGAAAACAAUUCCGUCUUGCAAAGACCACGAUCUUGUCAACAUCUGAAAACAACCCCAUCCUCUCCAUGUUUGUAGCUUUCAUCAUUUAAUACGCAUAAUCCAUAUUUUUCAAUUCCCGGAAUAAACUUGAUAGAAAUU